AUUACCGAGAUAUAAAAUACGAUAUAACAAUGGUAAAAAGAAAAAGUACCCCCGCGGUCAAGGCCGUUGCGGAUCCGAUUCUCCGAUUUCCUCUGAUAUCCGAAAAUGAAGUAAUGGAUCGGGAAGCCAAGUACAUGAGCCGCCUCAAUGAUUUCACAGUGAGUGCGGACUUAGUCAAGGGUGCCCAGAGCGACUUCUAUGAUCAGGAGGUGGAACGAAUGUACCGGGAGCACUGGGAGCACCAUUUGCGUUGCGAUGGGUUGCCGCGUCCCUAUCUGCCCGUCGAAGUACGAACAUUUAUUUCCAAAAUACGGUUUUACGAUGACGUUGAAACGCAAAACUCGAUGGACUGGACCUUGUCGGUGGACGAACGCUCCAUAUUGAAUCAGAAUAUCUUCAGGGUGGACAGGACCCGGCGUUUGAUGAUGCUCAACAAGGACAAUCCGGGCACACACUAUGACCAGAAUGUUCAAAUGUGCUUGGAUGCACUGAAGGAAAUGGAUGCAAUGCUGGACAACGAGGCUGAAAUGGUGCGAAUGUCAGAAAAGCGGCAGAAGGAUGUGAUUGAAGUUUACGCCGAAGUCGAGACGGAAAUUGGUGACCUCUUCGAUCGCCUAACCUAUCGAGUAUUGAGAAUGCAAGACACUUAUAUGGAAUCCAAGGAUGGUCAGGUUGCUGUGUGGCGCUACAGUUGUAACCCUUGGAGAAUGGAUUUGUGGGGCUUGCGAAAUGUGCCAAUUAUUUUUGAACAGCUGGAAUUGCCAGUAAUGCUGGCCGAGUUUAGUGCCACGAGGGUGGAAGUGCAGAUACCGAAGAGCGUUCUUACAGAUUGCGUAACUAUUCGCAGCCUACACACGGAUUUUGAUAACAUUUCGCAAAAUGCCAAAAGCUUCGAUACAGCCGUUAAAGCAUCGCUCAAUUAUCCCACCGCCGGGAUAGUCGACAUAGAGGAGUCGGUGAUCAACGAGUGGCACAUGCAGCACGAAAUCCAAGAGGAGACAUUGAGUCUGAUGUUAACCAGGAGGCGAGAGUACGAGGAAAUGAUGCUGAUCAUCGCCGAGAAAACGGAGCAGGCAGCCAAGGCGGCUAAGCAAACUGAUCCCGACAAGGCGGUGAAAAUCAUAAUUCCAAAGGCGCCGAAGGAACCUCCGGAGGUUCCCACAGGCAUGUUUCCAGACAUCUAUGAAGACUUCCUAAGAAUGGAGGACAGCCAGUACCUGGGCUAUCUCGAUGAGGUGUAUCAUCCAAGGCAUUUGGAUAUGCAGCCGUUCGAAAUAAAUCUGAGGGAGCACAUCAUGCUGGGUGGUAUUUACAGCAUUAUGUUCAUCCGACGACCUGAUCAAACUCAGUUCGAGAAGUUCAACAUCAUCCUGCACGAGGAUGGACGGGUGGUUCACAUCUUGACAGAAAUGAAGGCCGACAUUAAGACGGAUACGGUACGGAGCUUGAGUAUAGCCAGGAAAACCAGGGAGACCUACCGGGGCACUAGGAUCAAGCUGGAAGUUGACCAACUUCCAUAUUUCAUCGUGACCCUACAAGUGCCCGCGGAUCUCUGCAAAUGGAGUGAGCCCGUGGUUUGCCAUUUCAUGACGGAGCAGGAUUUCGUUCCGGCUGACUACAAACGCGAAUCCCUCUGGGUGCCGACCAAGCAAAGUGUCAUUAGGCAUUCGGAAUUUGCCGGUAGGGGGAGUACGCUUAAUUUGGGCAGUGCAGUUUCCAGAGAUUCUGCAAACGUAUUUCGACCUAGUCUACGGACACUCCUGAGACAGAGUAAGGUCGGAUCGGUUGCAGCAGUCAAGGUUCCCAUAGAGGACUUCAAGAUGCAGAAAAAACUGAACCACCUGGAAAUCAGAACACUGGAAAGACAUUGCGUACCCCGGAUCAUUUCAUCGUUUAAGUUUCCCGUGGAAUUUCAGGAUGAAAAAAGAGAAUUUUCCAAACAGGGCCCAAAGGCUUUGGUCAAACGUGCAGAGGAAGUCGUUAGUCAAAUUAAAAUAUUGGAUUUUAACUAUAAUUCCCAGAAGAAGACUCCGGAACGCAUGUUCCCCUACUUUCCACAAGUGGAUCCCAUCCGAUAUCCCAUUCCUUACGACGACGCGGAACCAGGUCCUGUUAACCCCACGACUGCGCUCGAAGUUCUGAAAACAUUUGACAACAUUAAAUCCAAGUAUCUGGAAAAACCCCUCGACCUAUUGGUUCAGCCCGACGAGCAGGACAAGAAACAGAAGCAAAAAAAAUUGGGCCUAAAGGAGGAGGAUGAUGUAGCAGAUGGGCAGACAGGAAGGCGUAAAAUGUCUAGGAGUGGGGACAGAAUCCGGCUAAGUGUUAGGGCGGAUCGAGCUAGUGUCGCCUCAGAAAAAUCCCAAGCAAUGACUGAUCAGAUGAACGAAGUGGAAGUCACCCACUGGACAACCAAGUACAUCAAGGAAACCGUAAUCGAUAGAGCAACCAAUAGAAUUACGUUCAAGACGGAUCGCCUGGGACUUUUGGGAUUGGCCUUCAAGCGGUACGAGCAUUUUCCGUUUCGCAAUUGGUCGAUGCAGCCAAAUGAGGAAAACCCUGAUGAAAUCAUACUAUGCGUGGACACCUUCCAUGUCCGCAUAUUUUUCUACAUCACUUGCAAGGGAGUUAAGGGCUAUGUGACGGAUCUGAGCAAAGGUUACACGGCCAACCCGGUUAAAUAUCUGGAGAUUGCGGAACCCAUAUCAGACUUUCGGCAAAUGCGCCAGUUAUUUAUCAGCAAGAACAUCAAUAUUUUUGCCGAGAACGAUGCUAGUUUCUAUAUCGAAAACGGCUACUUUUCCAUGAAGCACAUGGCACUCGAGAUGCACACCUACAAUAUAAUGGCGCUCCAUUGUAAAUUGAUGAAGUUCUACCGAUCGAGCUGGAAUCGCCUCGCCCCGCGACGCGAUAUCAUCUUGGGCAUGAAGAUCGCCAAGGAUAACUCCGAUUACUCCGAGGUCACAAUGCGCAUUACUCCGGAGAAAACCACCUUUGUCCAGAUUUCAGAGAAUUGCUCCGAUAAGGUGAAUGUUAUUGUGCUGAGCUACAAUAACACUUGGCGAAACAUCGGCAACUUUACGGAUCUGCAUCAGGCUAUAAACUCGAUGGUGCCGAAUGCCACGGAAGUGCGAAAUAAGGAUUCUAUUCUGCUGUAUUAUGUAACUCGCAUGCUCAAAGAAAUACGUCUUCUAAGCUUUUCGUAGGAUUUCAAUAUAUUUUGUACAUCUAUACUACCUAAUCUUGAGUAAAAUAUA